AUGAAAGAGAGUAGUAGUAAGUAACAGUAAUAUACAUACCCGCCAUAUUUACUUAACUUCAUUACUUCAUUGCGUGUUGUGUGUCUCUGAUUCUUCUACUCUCUGCCAAAUGCCAAUACGAUACAUUCAAUGCUCUCUUCUAAGCUUAAUAACUAACUAACAAACAAAAACGAACAAACAGAAAUUAAGAACUUCUUCUUCACGGUUACCAAUGCCGGAGCUAGGGUUUCACCAUCACCACCACGAAUCAGCAGCCUCAUGGAUGAGAACAAGAGGAAGAAGCAGAAGCAGAAGGAGUAGCAGCAGCAGCCACACUCCUGCUUCUACCAGAUCCACAGCUGCACUUCGCGGUGCCGCCGCCGCCGCUGCUGGUGACAGUACCAGUCCUGACUCCGUUAUAUUCACGCUCGAAUCCAAUCUCAGCUUCUUCUCCUCCGCCUCCGCCAGCGUCGAACGCUGCUCCUUCGCUUCCGAUGCUCACGACCGUGAUUCCCUCGCCUCCGAGCUCUCGCUGCAUUUGGCAGGGAACCACGAGAGUGAGUUUCCACAGAGCGAGAUCUGGAGCGGUCCAGAUCCGGAUCCGGAUCCGGAUCCGAACAAAGAACUUGCAGAUUUGGCGCAUAGCAGGAAGCUACAAGCUGUGUUCUGUGGAAAGGGAGAAAAAGCGAAAGUUCAAAAGGGAGACAGUGAUGCUGACAGUGAUGAUGGAAAUGAAUUAUUGGAAUUUGAUUCUGCUAGAAACUCCUUUUCCCUAGCUCUCAGAGAAUGCCAGGAUAGGAGAUCAAGAUCUGAUGCAUUGUACAACAAGCAUGAUAGGAGAAGGCCUGCUUCAUUGGAUCUGAACAAUGGCAUUGCCACGGGAUCUUCGCCUCGCCUUGGAGCUGUGAAAAAGAGUUCAGUUUCGUCUAGAAGGUCUGGUUCUGGCACUUUCCCUAGUCCCGGUACACCAAAUUAUCGUCAAGGUGGUGUUGCAAUGCAAAAGGGUUGGUGCUCAGAGAGAGUUCCUUUGCAUUCUAGUGCUGCGCGCAAGCAGGUUGGUGCGGCAUUGUUGCCUCUCAGCAACGGCAGGACUUUGCCAUCCAAGUGGGAAGAUGCUGAGAGAUGGAUUCUGAGUCCUGUUUCAGGAGAUGGCAUGGGGAGAGUGCUCCCACAGCAGCAGAGGAGACCCAAGUCAAAAAGUGGUCCACUUGGGCCACCUGGUAUUGCAUUUUACUCGAUGUAUUCACCUUCUGUGCCAAUGUUUGAAGGAAGGAAUGGAGGGAAUUUUAUUGCAGGUUCGCCGUUUUCUGCUGGUGUCAUCUUAGCUGAUGGAUUAGCUGUCACUUCUGGUGGCCAUGCUGGAGUGCUUCCGGCAAGAACGGAUCCUUGUAUGGCUCGCUCAGUUAGUGUCCAUGGAUGCUCUGAGAUGCAGAGUCAGUCUUCAAUGCCUCCCCAAGAGAAUUUCGAUUGUUUCAAAGAUGCUGCCACCAAUGUAUCUCCGGAAGUUUCAAGGCGAGACAUGGCAACACAGAUGAGCCCAGAGGGUAGCUCAUGCUCCUCUCCUAAUAUGAGGACUUCUUUCUCGGCCUCCACUCCACCUGUCCUGCCCAUAACAGAAUUGCAGAGUGUCUCAUUCUCAAAAAUGGAUAUCAGGGAUGUGCAGGUAGAUGAACGCGUUACAAUGACAAGGUGGUCCAAGAAACACAGGGCUUUAUUUUCUGGCAGAGGAUCAGAAAAUGUGGACCGCUGGAAAAUGAAAGAAACAAGUUCUCAAUCUUCAUCUUUGGACAGUUCCGAAAGAUCAAAGACUGCUUCAAAGGCUAAAAGGGAGGAAGCCAAAAUCAUUGCAUGGGAGAACUUGCAAAAGGCAAAAGCUGAGGCAGCAAUACGGAAACUAGAGAUGAAGUUGGAAAAGAAGCGAGCAUCCUCUAUGGAUAAGAUCAUGAACAAACUGAGGUUAGCUCAGAAAAAAGCUCAGGAAAUGAGAAGUUCAGUUUCAACCAACCAGCCCCAUCAGGUUGUCAGAACUUCGCACAGGGCACUGUUAUUUCGUAGAACUGGCCAGAUGAGUUCUCUUAGUGGUUGCUUCACAUGCCAUGCCUUCUAAAGCAUCUCAGCCAUUCUUAUCUGUUCUAGUAAAUCUGGGUUUAUUACAAAUGGAUUUGAAUGUGCUUCUUGAUGAUGAGUGAAAAAUGUACAAAGAUAGCCACGUACUAAGCUGACACUAAAUGUGUGUCAUGGCGGUUUUGUAAUGCAUGAAUACCAUCACCUUCUCUCAAGGGUUCCGAAAAUUUCUCAGCCCCUUGUACUCUUACCCUCUGUCAGUUUGGAAUCAGUUAUUAAUACUAUAUGUAUGUACUUAGUCCAAUCCUUUAGAAUAAGCUUCUUUUUGUAUGUUUUUUUUGUCAUUUCUUCUCCUCACAGGACAGUUUGUGAGAACAAUAUAAUCAUCAAUGUAAUCUAUUAUCCAUC